CUGGAUUCCCAUCAACAAUGGCAGAAGCAGGAAAGAGGUAUGCAGUUGUUACAGGUUCAAAUAAGGGAGUUGGAUUUGGAAUAGUUAGGCAGCUGGCUUCAAAUGGGGUCAUGACAGUGUUAACCGCUAGAGAUGAGAAGAAGGGUAUUGAAGCUGUUGAAAAAUUAAAAGAGUGUGGCCCCUCAGACCUUGUGGUUUUUCAUGAGCUUGAUGUCACAGACUCUUCUAGCAUUGCUUCCCUGGCAGAUUUUGUCACAAUCCAGUUUGGGAAACUAGACAUCUUGGUAAACAAUGCAGGGGUUAAUGGAACCAUUAUGGAUCCUGAAGCUCUCAGAGCUGCUGCAGCUGCAGGACUUGGUAAGUGGAGUGAAAUGUUGACUCAGACAUAUGAGUUUGCUGAAGAAUGCAUUAAAACAAACUACUAUGGUACCAAGAAAAUGACCAAAACAUUUCUUCCUCUCCUCCAGCUAUCCGAUUCACCAAGAGUUGUCAAUACUUCUUCUGGCCGGGGGAGGUUAAAGCUUAUACCAAAUGAAUGGGCCAAAGGGGUGUUGAAUGAUGCUGAUAAACUUACAGAAGAGAGAACAGAAGAGGUUUUGAAUGAGUUUCUAAGAGAUUUCAAAGAAGAUAUGCUGGAAACCAAAUGCUGGCCUCCUGCCCUCUCUGCGUAUAUACUCUCAAAAGCAGCCUUGAAUGCAUACACUAGAAUUGUGGCCAAGAAGUACCCAAAUUUGUGUGUCAAUUGCAUCUGCCCUGGAUUUGUCAAAACAGACAUGACCUUCAACGCUGGCAUCUUCACCGUUGACGAAGCUGCUGAAAAUGUUAUGCGCUUAGCAGUAUUUCCAAGUGGCAUUACUUCUGGCCUCUUCUUCUUUUCUCAAGAAGUCACUCCCUUUUGA